AUCGAAUUUGGAACAUGGGGAAAAAUGUGCGUAUGAUUAAAACCACAGUAUUUACAGCGCGUUAUGACUCAGUACUUUUACUUCAUAGGCUACUUUACUCCGUAAUGAAACCCGGAAGUAGACCUAAUGAAAUGCAAAGGACUGUUUUUAAAUGUUGGUGACAGCCGAAAGGAAAAGAAGAUUAAUGAAUGUUCGCAUUGCUGCAAAUUUUGUGACGCGUGCCCCCCCGGGAGAAUUCAACGAGGUAUUCAAUGAUGUCCGCCUUCUUCUUGACAAUGAUACCCUCCUCAGGGAGGGAGCAUCACACUCCUUUGCCCAGUACAACAUGGAUCAGUUCACACCAGCUAGACUUGAUGGCUUUGAAGACCCAGUUCUGAUUACAGAGCAUGGUGACCUAGGUCAGGGGCGCUUUCUUGACCCUCGCAACAACUUGUCAUUCCGCUUUGACCACCUUCGGAAAGAAGUGAGCGAUGUGCAGUCAUAUGAAGGCGACCCGUCGCUCAGAGCCUGGAGAGAUUCCUGUGACCAGGCCCUCAAUGCCUAUGUCAAAGAGCACUACCCAACUGGAGUUUGCACAGUAUAUGGGAAAACUGUUGAUGGGCAGCAAACGAUCAUAGCCUGCAUUGAGGGACAUCAAUUUCAACCCAAAAACUUCUGGAAUGGCCGCUGCAGGUCUGAGUGGAAACUUACCAUUGGUCAGUCUACUGCACAGGUAGUGGGCGUGUUGAAAAUCCAAGUGCACUAUUAUGAAGAUGGAAAUGUACAGCUGGUUAGUCACAAGGAGGUAGAGCAAUCGCUAUCAGUGACUAGUGACAUUCAGACGGCCAAAGAUUUUGUUGAUAUAAUUGAACAUGCUGAAAAUGAUUACCAGAGUGCAAUCAGUGAGAACUACCAGGCCAUGUCUGAUACAACCUUUAAGGCUCUACGUCGCCAGCUGCCCGUCACACGCACCAAAAUCGACUGGAAUAAAAUCCUAAGUUACAAAAUUGGCAAGGAAAUGCAGAAUGUCUAAAUGGAAGGUCAGGGACUGGCCAGGGAGAUUCUGGCUCCACUGGUCCUCUCUAAUCAUACCUAUGGACUUACCAAAGCAAAAAUGAUAUCAGUUUGGGGCAAGGAAUCAACAACAACAAAAAAAUGCAGACUGUAAUAUAUGGGUAUGUCUGAUUUUGGGAAAAGUGAACUAAGCGAGCUAAAUCAUCAUAGUUUGCAGUCAGUGGUUGUGAAUAUGUGGUCUACAAGAGUUGUGUUGGGUUGGUGUGCAGGGCUGCACCAUGGGUAUCUACAAAAUGUGAUCAGUUAUCCAAGAAAGAGAAUUUGGUCAAUCAUGUCAGAAAAGCAUUUCCAUGUGGACCUGCAGUGUGCACAAACAAGAUGUGAGAAACAAAGCACAUCAUUUAUGAUACUUUGCAGCAAGAAAGUUCUUCUUUGUGGAUGACAUGAAUUCGGGAAUCUAUUGUGAGGUGACUUGCCAUAUUUGUGAUGCUACAUGAUGAAGUUACCUUUGAGUUUGUUUGGGGAAAAAAAUAAUACCACAGUAUUGGGCAUUGGAAUUAGUACAAUCCUUUGCAUAGCUCCUGCAAAGUAAACCUCCAUGUACUGCAUGUCUGCCAAACAAGGGAUUUUUUUUAAAGUUGUCUUCUAUCUCUCUUCAUCCUUGCAAACCAGAAUGACUGAAUGAAGACAGGUGUUUGUUUCUCUAAACUGUAACGUGCUUUUGCAUUGGCAGCUUCACCUCCCCUGCUUUCCUUUUCUGUUAUGAAAGGAAAGCAUUAACCAUUUGCAAAAAUCUCUUUCCUAUGGUAAAGAACUCCACCCCCCACCCCCCAUGAAUGCACAUUUCUAUUUUAAAAUACUUUUUUCUUUUGGAGUCAUGAAAUAUUGUACUGUAAUAAAUUGUCAGUCAAUGCCAAGUGCACAUAAAUCGGUUGCCAUGCAUAGCCAGACAUUCACAUCUGUAGGGCCACAUCAAACUGUAACCGUAUACCAAUACUGUACUUCAAAGGAAACACUUUUGGAUGAAUGCUAUGUUUAACCCUCAGACUGUUACCAACUUGUGUACUGAACAGUUAAGUGUUGCCUGUACUGCCCCAUUCUGUUGUAUGAAUUAAAGGACAGAAUAACUCAUAAGA